GUCAUUUUCUGUAAAACCCCUGUGGGAUGAGAGGGUACUUAUGAGGAGAGUGGAGCCAGUGCUACCUGGACUUUGUUGCAGGGAUACUUUCUUUCCUGGACGUCUGUUGUUUUUCCUGGUGUCUGUUGUUCAGCACAGCCAGCCAACAUGGUAAGAAACUGAAAACAGGAUACGAAAGGAAACAACAAGGAGAAGGGAAAGUAGUUUGAAAUCAUCUUUGCCGAGUUGUUUUCUUGAGAGGAUGGCAGAAGAUGGAUAUUUUAUGAUCUGAAGCAGAUUCAAACUUCUCCCGUCUCACUCUCUGUCUCCCAGUAAUUCCCAUCUGCAGCAGAGCCGGAUUACCUAAUGGAUUUUUUUAUGAGUGGUGUCUUAUUUCUUGGAGUUCUUGAGUCUGUGAAUUUUUUGGCGGGGCAGAUAAUACUUCUGCAGUUUGUGUCUUUGUGUUUUUGAUGCUAACAGACUUUAGUUCCUUUGGCUGUUCCUUGAAAUCCUGACGAGACUUUGUCUGCUUUUGUGGUCCAUCGUUUACUGACUGAACUUUAUCAGAUUGAUAUUUAGAUUAGAGGGAGCGACACUAAAGAUAGAAAGCUCACAGCUGAGUAAAGUGAGACGACAUUCCGCCUUUCCUGAAUGUCCUAAGUUUGGAAAUUAACCUUGAGAAAAUCCCUGUCAAAUCCUCUCUCAAGUCUCAUCUUAAAAAUAGCUUUAAAGUCAACCAGUGAGUGGAACAAAAGCAAGACUUCCCGAGUGUUAUAAGACUGACUCUGUGUCUUUUCAAAUAGAAAAGGGUAAAAGAAGAGAAAGGUUAUGCACUAUAUAUUAAGAACUUUUUUCUGCCUCAAUGCUUUGAUAACUCUUGUCAGCAAUAAUAUGAUAAGUUCCUAUCAGAGACCUGUAGCAAACAUAAGAUAAACUGUUUCAAACUUUUGUGCCUCAUUAGAUGAAGUAAGGUUGGAUUAAACUUUAUCUUGAAAGAAAAUUACAUUCAAAAAGAAACUACUGCCUCCAGGCAUCCUGUUGGACUGUUUUUGAGUACAGCAGCAAACUUGUACCCAGGGGCAGAUCCAGGGGGUCAUCAAGUGUGGCCAUGCCCACUUGAUGACCAAGCUAUUUAGGCUUGAGACUGUCUCCAAAAGCCCCCAAAACCACAUAUUGAUCUAUUCUAUAUAGCCCAUCUUUACAGCCAAAAAUAAACAUGUUUACAGUCUGCCCCCAAAAAAAACAACUGUGGUGUGAAUGUCUCUGUUUGCGCACAGGAUUGAGCUUUCAAAAAACCAAAAAAAUUAUUAGGAACUUGGUUGGAAAUGUUCUGCCUGCACAGGACCAGAAUUAUUAUUAUUAUUUUUUAAACUCAUUAGUUUUGAAGGAUUGUGAAUUUAGCGUAAUCUAGGGCAUGACUGACUUGAUUGACGGUCAGGCACUCAGUGGACCAAAAGUUAGAUUUAAAGCUCCUGCAAGGAAUUUUUGAGACCAAUGAAAUAGACUGGAAUUUAUAUUUAUGUUUUUUUUGUGAUAUAUAGAUCAAACAAGACUUUCAGUGGCAAGACAGAUGAUUUUUACAAUAAAAUUUUAAUUCCCCAAACUGGUGAGAGAGCACAGUGUCAGGUGAGUUGCUGAAGAAAAUAGUCCUGUUCUUUCAUAAAAUAUUUAUAAUUAAUGACACAUCUGACCGUCAAAGUCAGCAUGACAAGAUUUCGGUCAGAAGAUAGUGUCACCAUGUGGAGAGCAAUAUAUGCAAAAACUGAUUUGUCCACAGGAGGGCACCAAAAUUGCCUUUAAAUAAAUAGUUCCACUGGGGACCAUUGACAAUGGGCUUAAAAACACCAGUGGGACUAUUAGUGAAGAAACAUGGCAUUGCAAGAUAGUCGUCUCUGUGGAACAUCUCCCCUGUGGUUAUGAAAGGUUUAGUCUAUUAUUAUUUUUAUAGAAAAUGUAUUAUACAGUAGUUGAAAUGUACUUAUGAAUAUUAUAUUGCAUUUUCUUUCACCUGUCUUUGCUAAAUGCUGUGUUGUACCAUGCACUGUACAUUUAAAAAAAAAAAAAAAAAAAAACUUUUAUCCUAAUUUAAAUCUAUUUCCAGUCUUUGGCUGUCACUUGGUUUACACUGGCUCUGUUCCAGGCCUUGGGUUUCUGUCUUCUUUGGCUCAGUAGAGAGGCAGGGCUUACCUAUGGGUAAAGAUUUAACAUGCUGCUGGAGGAGGAGCAUGUUUGUAUGUUUCUCACACAGAAGAAAAAUUGAAAAAUACAAGUUUUAACCCUAUGUUAGUGCCCAAAGUAAGUGGGCUUUAGACCUCCUUAAACUGUGUUUCUCACUGGUGUGUCUUAUAAAAUUAUAAAAUUUUGCUAUUUUGUUACACAACAUCAAAGUGAUGAUCACCUUCAUUGUAUACGUAAAUACAUAGUAUGAAUAUGUUGCUUUCUUUAAAGAAAAAAAAAAAAAAAGCUUAUGUGCAAAUGUAUCUUGUACAGCACUCUCCAAAUAUGAAAGCAUGACUGUGUAAGUGGUAAAGAUGUUAGUAUCCUCCUGCUCAACUCUUGGCACUGUUUAAAGUAUUACUCUGUAGAUACAGGUGAAUACAUAUGGUGGGAAUAACAGGGUUUCCUGUCUGUCUACCUCUACCCUUUUUCACUUUUGCCUCCUUUUUUCCCCUUUUCUAAAGCCCACUGACGCCCAAAGUGACGCCCGCUCCUUCCUUACGGAGGAGAUGAUUGCAGGUCAGGUUCAAACUCUGAUUUUUCUCUUAACUUUCCACUGUUUUUUGUCCUUCUCAUUUUUAUACUGUAUUUUCAAUUCAGUCCUGGCCUGCUUGUGUUUAUUUUUCAUGUAUUCAUUUCCUCCUCUGGUCUAGAGUUCAAAGCCGCCUUCGACAUGUUCGACACAGAUGGUGGCGGUGACAUCAGCACCAAGGAGUUGGGUACCGUGAUGAGGAUGUUGGGUCAGAACCCAUCCAGAGAGGAGCUGGAUGCCAUCAUUGAGGAGGUGGAUGAGGACGGUAAGAAAACAGCAGGAAUAAAAUGAAAAAUGAAAUAAAAGACAUAAGAUCUUAAUGCACAGUUAUAUGAAGUGAAAUCAAAUCAUCAUUCCCUGGUUCUGUAAAGGGUUAUUAGGUGUUCUUUUAGUAAGCAGUUGAUGCUCAUUCAUCAGUGCCCUGUUCUUGCCAUAAUGUUUAUGCCAUAACUAUAUAAGGUAGAUCUGCCUCUAUUUUCUUGCUUUUGUCUCACCAUCUUCAUCCUCACUUUGUCUCCUCCACCCUCUUCAGGCAGCGGUACCAUUGACUUUGAGGAGUUCUUGGUCAUGAUGGUGCAACAGUUAAAGGAGGACCAGGCUGGAAAGAGUGAAGAAGAGCUCUCAGAGUGCUUCCGUAUUUUUGACAAGUAAGACACAAGAAUCAUAAAGCCUCAUAAUCAAUAUUCAUAUGUAGGUCCAUUUAGAUAACAGUGUUUAUAAAUUUCACCUGACACAAUAGUUUUUAUAGGAUAUCCAUCAGAAUUUGACUGAAUGAAUCACUUCAGUUUUUAUGUUAGAGAUGACUUAGAAAAAAAAUCAACAGAUAUGAUGGGCACUGAAAACCUUAACAGUUUGUGUGAUUCAUUCUCACUUUCUUUGAGUCUUGUUUUACAAAUACCAAGUUGAAGAUAGGGGAAAAAAUCUCGUCAUGUUCAGAAGUUCUGUUACACCAAGGGGGCACUUGUGCGUAAACCUUCACAGCUGUUUUUACGCCACUAGAGGGCAGCAGACACGCAGUGACAACACUCACUUGGACUUGUGUAUGUAGUUUCACUCACAGCUGAAUAAUGCAUCUGUCAUGACGAUGAAGGCUAAAAAUACAGAAGCGAACUACAGAACAAACAUCCUUGUCUCCAGAGAAAACAACACAUGUAACUUUUUGUCACCAUGGUUUCAUAUCACAGCACUAAUAAUAGAAUAGACAUCGGCUGGAGUAAGAGCAAUGAGGUGGUAGGCUUAUUUUUCACCCACAAUACGCAUUUUGAGGCAACCAAAAAACUCAAUCCAGACCAACUUUUGUAGCUUUGUAAGAGGAGUUUGUAUAUAUCUAAAGGAGGGCUCCGCCACUCACUCUUUUUCUCUUCCACUUAGGGUGGAGGUGUGACAUGUCAUUUUUAAGUCUCCUUUGAGGAAUGGAAUCUAGUUAUGAAACAAACUGGAAUUUACUGACAUUUUUUUUAUGAUCUGCAAAAGCAAAAAGACCAUCAGCAGCGAGACUGACAGUUUCUGUGUUGUAAAUUCUGUGUCACUGGCUUGCCACUUUUUUAUUUUCCCAUUUAGGAUGCAUUUUGAUGCAUUUCAUGUAUUAGAAAUAGAUUGAAGCUGCUUUAAACCUGAACACAUGUGUACUGUUAUAUCCACAGUAAACUAAUGGAGUGAUGUAUGUGAGCUCAUCUUCACAGGCUUCUCUAACUGCACUAGUUCACAGUUGCCAUGCUUCGUUCCUACAGUCAACUGACAUACAUAGCCAGAAGUAUUCUGUUUAAGCUGCAAGAUUGCCUGUCUCUGCCUCCGCCACCACGGCUCUGCACCCGUGCUGCACACUUUCAGCCCCACCAACCUCCCUGAUAUCAACGUGUAGGUUUUCACAGGAGGUUUAAGAAUUCAAGCCAUCACUUCUCAGCCUAGACACCAAAUGCAGUGCUGCUAUGAAGUUUUGACCAAUACCACAAGAGUUGACUGAUUAAACAACUUGUUAAAUGAGACAGGCUACUGCCAUUGAAUAUAAUUUAUUAAUAUUUCCAACUUCUGCAAGCAGCUCUCUCUUUUAACAAUGAAUUGCUGUGACAAACCUGGUGUACAACCACCUGCUGAACAUAAAAAGACAAACUAGGCAUGCAGUAAGAUGUGGAAUAUAAGAUAUUUGGAGGGCUUGAAUCAAAGUGUUGUAUUUGCUGAAUGCAUUGAUAAAUAGCUUUGCUGAGCCCAAAACAGUCCCCACUAAUAUAGUCCCCACAUGAUACCUGUAGCCAACAGACCACAGUUGUGGCUUCUUAAAUGAGGACUGAUCAUAUAUUUUGAACUGAUAUCCUGAGAUGUAUGUUGCCCACAGUAAAUUAAUCACAGAUUUUUUGAUCUGCAGGAACGGAGAUGGUUUCAUUGACAGAGAGGAGUUUGGAGAUGUUCUUCAUCUCACUGGAGAGCCAGUGGUGGAAGAAGAUAUCGAUGAGAUGUUCGGGGAAGCAGACACAAACAAAGAUGGAAAGCUUGAUUUUGAUGGUAAGAAAAGGCCACAUGGGGGGGGGGUUAGAGAUUCUCUAUAAAUGUAGAUUAUAGAUAGUAUAUAUACUAUCUAUAAUCUACUAUAUUAAUACUGUUUAUGAUAUCAGGAGGGGAGAAGAACAGCUUGAUUUUGAAUAAGAUGAGUUACUAAAGCAGGGUUUAGUAACAUGCAUAUCUAAUUCUUAAACACCAUCACCUAUGUUAAACUUUCAUGUUUGGAGGAGUACUUAUUAUAAAUUAUAUAACAAACAUCCGACCAGACUGAGAAUGACCUUGGGCAUCUGAAACUUGCAGGAUGGACCUGUCAUAUUUCUGGUGGCAGGGGCCCUUCUUCUAGCACGAUAAUGUGAUACACUGCUCUAAAAGAUUUGUCUAGUCUUAGAUUACAAAAACUCUUAUUUAUGGGUCUCAUGAAAAGAUAUCACUGUGGACCCCAGCAUGAUAGUCCAAACUAACCAAGCACAAGCAUAGCUGCUGAAGCCACAUUGCUAUUUCACAACUCACCCAUUUAAAGCUUUGAAUAAGUAUUACUUAUUUAUUUAAGCUGAAUAGUCAAAAGAGGUAAGCAUGAUAAUUCUUCAUCUAUGUGCUGUAUUUAUUUGAACAAACAUUUUACACAUCAGCAUAUGUAAAAGCGUAGUGUAGUGUAGAACACACAAAAAUAACAGACAGCUUUAAACCAGACUAACUCACUUACUUGAGGCAGUUAACACUUUGUUGUCACUGCUGAAAUAAUAUGUUAGCAAGUUCUUAUUUUCAUAGUCUAACUCUUAUAUUUCAACAUGUCACACAGACAUCAAAGCUCACAGGGGUCUACGCUGAAUCAACACAUGUCCUUUAAGUCUUCUGAAGGUCAUCUAUGAAUAUGAAUGAAAAACAGGGCAGUAGCUGUACAAGUUAGUGUGACCCCUAUGAUAUCAUGUUAAUUACACAUCCAAAUGAAUCUAUUGCUAUCAAAUAUAGCAACAGAUUGAUAAGCCAGCUCACUAGGAAUACCUCUGUAUUACACUCUAAAGCAGACUUUAUACAUGGAACAUGAUGGAGUCCCAGCUCUGCACUAGAAACCUUUAAACCCAGAGUUUUAGGAAGAAUGAGUCAUAUAUGAUGAAAUCAGCCCACUUUGAUACUAUCACAGUACAGAGUUGAGAUAUAUCACCACUGAUGAUGCAUUUUGAAUGUUGCACACUUGCAAUUUCAAUGUCAGCUCAGUUUUUUUUAUGCUGCAAUAAGAAAGAAUGAUGAUAUGCUACAAAUUUUCUAUUACUCUAGUCAAAUACUGAGUCCACAUAUUUCAAGGUAUGAAACAGGAGCAUGUGUGGAUAUUUGAUCUAAUGCGUAUGUAACAUCUGAUGUAUCAGGUCAUGCAGUGUCAGAUUCUGUUCAGUGUUUGCCUUACUUAAAGCAUAUCAAUAAAUCUCCAGAUAUGCUCUGAAUAUGAUCCAGAUUCUUCCAGGAAUUGAUAGGCUUUUAUCAAUAAAAAGGAAAAAAGGAAAAAAAGAGCAUGCCUCUAGUAGGUUGGAAGCAUCAGUUUCCUCUUAAAAUACAGACUUUUGUGUGACAGGAAGAUAACAAGAUCACAAACUGCACACAUAAGUGGUUGGUAGACUCACUGCUCCUCUUAUUUAUUUAUUUUCUUUCAGAGUUCCUGAAGAUGAUGGAGAAUGUUCAAUAAUGAAACCAGCUCUACAUUCCUUAGUGACCCUUCUUCUGCUUGGUGCAGACUCCGAAUGCUAUAAAGCCCUCAACAUUUGAGAAUGUGAUGUACCUUCAGAGACGUCAAAAAGGAUACAAAUAUAGAAAUUGUUUCAGCCCUCCAUCCCCCAUCCCUGUUCCCCUUCUCACAUGAAGCCUCACAGCCUGGUGGCGAUAUCUAUAAAUAUCUGUUCAAACCUUUUAAGACGAAGGCACUUUCCCCCUGACCGCCUCGUUGGGCAAAGCAGCCAGCUGUCCACUUGGCAGCUGCUGCUCCUUCCUCAGAAAUGCUACACCACCUAGCUCUUACCCACACCCUCCUCUUCCAGGUCCAGCCCCUUCUUCUUCAAACCUCAACAAGUGUUACACCCUCUUUCUGUGCUUUUCAAAUAAACCCAAUUUCUCCUUGAUCUUGA